AUGCAAAAAUAAAGCAGAUAAAAUACUUAGACAGCAUUUUAUUCUCCUUAACCUGGGAUAAGUUCACCCUAACCUUUGAGAUAGAUUAUAUCUCCAGGGAUUUAUGGCCCUCGUAAUUCGUAAAAUUUUCUUAUUGAUUCAUAUACUACGAAGCAUCAAGAUUAGGAUUCUGAUAGGCUAUUAGGCUCAUCACUUAGAUUUAAUAUGCUUAAAGAUAGUCAUUAGUAAAUUGAGAAAGAAAUAUCAGUGCUUAAAACAAAUCUACUUUAGAGUAGGAUGAGUGGUGAUAACUUUUAAUUUUCAACACAACCUUUGGACAAGUUGCUUAAAAAGACUCGCAAUACUGAAUAAAUAAUGUAUGAUCAACCUUUGACCUAUAGGGCGGAUGAUUUGUUGACUGAAAUUCUUUAAGAGCUAUCAAUUAUAUCAAUUAAUGCCAAGAAAUUAAUAAAUUAGCGAUCAUCACAAAAAUUAUAAAUGCAAGUACUCAAAGAUAUUAGAGAGAUUAUAAUGGGAUGGAAUAAUAUGCAUAACAUAAUAAAUUAAAUUUGUUAAGCUGCAUAAAUUUCUAUUCAUUAACUUUAUAAUACAAAUAUUAAUCAAUUAUUAAAGAAGGAUGAAUUAAAUAAAUUAUAUUCAUUAGUUGAGAAACAUUAAAACUAAUAUCCAUAAUCUUUUGAAUAAUUAUAUUAAAUUAUUGCUAGUAGUCUCUAAAAUAGAGAAUAAGAUCAUAAUAAACUUAUUGAAAUAAAUACUCAAUUACGUUAAUAAGAGAUUUAAAAUAAAGAUUUAAAUAUAAAAAAUAAGAACUUAUUUGCAGUAAUAACUAAGUUAGAAGCUAAAGUAAAUAAAUUGUAAAAUAAAAAACAAUAAUUAGAAUACUCUAAUAAGUAAUAUUCUAAUUAAUUGUAAAAUUCUCAAAGACCUUAAGAUAUAUAUUCAGAUAAUGAUAAAUUUAAAUAAAAAAAUCCUAUGGUGGAAUCAUAAUCAAGUCUUGAUUCUAAGAUAAAUUAAAAUAAAUUAAUAGAAAUUUAAAUGAAUUAAUUUUAAGAACUUAUGGUUGAAAAAGAUAAUGAAAUAAUGAAUUUAAAAUAAUAAAUAGAAGAAUAUGAUGAAAUUUUAUAGAAUCAUUAAAAAAAAGUAAAAUAAUUGGAUAAUGAAAAUAAAUUACUUAAAUUAUAAUUCUCUAAAGCUGUUGAAAACUAAAAACAAUGUAACUAUAUUCUAAUUAGUUAGUACAGAAAUAAAAAACUGAAGUAAAUUCUGAGUAUAAAAAUUAUAAAGAUGAUUCAAGUUAAAAGUUGAAAUCCUUAAGUUAAGAAAUAGUAGAUUUAAAACAAAAACAGAAUAUGUAUUUAUAAUUACCUAUCCUCAUCUUAGACAUAGUUCUCGAGAUUAUACUUCUGAAGUUGAAUAACUUAAUUAAUAAAUUUCUAGACUUAAAUCUGAAAAAGAAGAUAAAGAUAGAGAAAAUGGAUAGAAUCAAUUAAAAUUAUAGGAAAUUAAAUAAAAAUAUAAUGAUUUAAAGUAAUCUUAUUAAGAAUUAAAUGAUUAAUAUUAAAGAGAACAAUUAAUGAAUAAAUAAAUUGUUUAAUCUUUAUAAACAUAAAAAGAAGAUAUUGAAAAUAGAAAUUCAGAAUAAUAAAUACUAUUUUAAUUAGAUUUGGCAUCCUAAUAAGAAUAAGAAACAUAAUAGCAAUUAAUUAAAUAAUUAGAGAAUGAUUUAUAAUAAGUUUAAAUUGCAUAUAAAUAAUAGGAAGUUAAAUUAUUAAAUUAUGAAGAUGAAAUAAAUAAUCUAAAAAUGUAAAUUAAAAGACUUGAGUAAGAACAUACAGAAUAACUUCAUAUAUUGGAUAAUACAAUAUAAAGUAAAGAUUAAAUAAUUUAAUAAUAUGAAAGUAAUAGUAGGAUUUUGAAUGAUACUCCUGAAUAACUUAGAAGUAAAAGUGUAGAAUAAACAACUAUUUAAGGUCAUUUGAAAUCAUAAAUUGAUUCUUUGAAUAAGAGUUUAUCUAAUUUUGAAUAAUAGAUUAAAGAUUUAACUAAAGUUAAUAAUGAAUAUUAAGAUUAAAUUGCAAGUAAGGAUAAGAUGUUAAAAAAUAAAAAUUAAGAAAUUAUUUAAUUAUAAUAAUAAGUAAAAGAUCUUUAAGGAUUAAAUUAAAAGAUAUAAGUUUAAGAAAGAGCAAUCCAUCAUCAUGAGAAAUAAAUAUCUACUCUUAAUUAAACUAUAUAAAAAUUAUAGGAAUCAUUAAAUUUUAAGGAUUAAAUUAUAUUAGGGAAAUAACAUGAAAUAGAAAUGUUAUAAAAUUAAAAGAAAGAUCAUAUUUAAUAGUAAAAGUAAUAAAGUCAAUUAUUUGAAUAAUAAAAUCAAAAAUUAAAAUUAGAAAUUUAAGAAUUAUAGAAUAAAUUGAAAAAAUAGGAAGAAUAAAUUAUAUUAAAAUAAAAAGAUGAUAUAGCUAUAAAUGAAUAAUAAGGAAUUUAUUAAAAUCAAAUCUAGUAAUUAGAAUUGUAAAAAACAAAACUUAUUUAAGAUUUUGAAGAUGAAAAAAAAUAAUAUAUUGAUAAAAUAUUAAAAAUAACAUAAGAAUUAGAGGAAACUGAAAAAAUGUAAAUUUUAUUGAAUCAAAAAUAAAUUUAACUUGAAAAUGCAUAAAUUAAAAUAAAUGAUGUAGAAUCAGAAUUAAGUUCUGUUUAAGAUUUAAUAUAAUAAUUAGAAUCUAGAAUUUUAGAUAUGUAAAGAGAGAUAUAAAUUGAAAGAUCAAACUUUUUAAAAGAAAAUUAAUUAAAAAUUGAAGAAUUAAAUUCUUAACAUUAAGAAAAUGAAGAACUUAUUAAUAUAAAUUAAGAUCUUACUUAAAAGAAUAUUUAACUAUUAGAUUAAAUAGAAAAAUUGCAAUAAAAUUAAAAUGAUACCUAAUCAAAAAUUAAUUAAGAAAUUGAAAUUUUAAAAAAAACAGAAAAUCAUAAUAAAGAAAUUAUUAAGAAAUAAGAAAUAUAAAUUUAAGAAUUGAAUUCUUAAAUAUAAUAAUUUAUUUAAUCUUAAGAUAUUGCCAAUAUAGAAAAGACUAAACUAUCAUAAUUAUUAAAUGAAUAAUUAAAUUCAAUUACAGACUUAAAUAAAUAAUUAGCAAUUACAAAUAUCAAAAAUGAUUAAUAACUUGAAGAAACUAAGGCAUAAUUUAGUUCAGAAUUAGUUAUUAGAGAAACAGAAUUAAUUAAAAAUGUUAUAUAGUAAUCUUCAGAAACUCAAAAAUUAUUAACUCAAAUAGGUAACUUAAUAGAAUAAUCAGAAAAAUUCAAAUCAACUAUUGAUGAUUUAGAAUUAAAACUUGAAGAUUCAUAAUAAAAAUAUUAGAAUCUUUGUGAAUAAUAAAAGGUUUAAGAUAAUUAAUCAUAAUAAUUACUUUAAAAAUAAAUUGAAAAUUUGCAUUAAUAAAUAUAGAAUUCAGAAUUCAAAUUAUCAAAUUUAUAAAAUGAAUUUAAUGAAAAAUCCUUAGAUCUUCAAACAUAGUUAUUACAUAAUUAGAUUUAAGAAUAAGAUAUAAAUAAUUACUAAGUGUAGAUAGAUAAUUUAAAUAAGUUGAUAAUAAAUUUGGAAAAUUAAAAUAAUGAAUUAAAAUAAUAGAUUAAAAGUUUAGAUUAUAGAGUGUAAAAUGAUCAAUAAUAAAUUUUAAAUUUAGAAUAGCAAAUUAAUGAAUAAGUAUAAAAUAAGUAAAUAUAAGAAUCAUAGAUUAAUGAAAUAUAAUAAUUAUUGAGUUAAGAAUAGGAAAGAUGUUCAAAAUUAAGAGAUGAGUUGUUAGAAAAAUCUAAUCAAUAUGAUUAAUAAGUAAAUGAAAUUAAAUCUAUUAAAAAUGAUAAUAAUCAUUUAAAAGAUGUAAAGCUUGAAUUAGAAAAGAAUUUAGAAGCAAAAGAAAUUAUAAUAACAAAUAAUACAGAUAUUAUAAAUGAUUUAGAUUUAACAAUUAAAAAAAAGAAUUUAGAAUUAAGUGAAAAGGAAAAUAAAUUAUUAUAACAAACUAAAGAUUUAGAUAAAAUCAAUAAUAAAAUUUAAUAAUUGUAAUAAUAAAAUGCAAUACUUGAUAAUUAAAUUCAUGAAAAAACAUAGAAUAUUUAGUAAAUUUAAUAAGAAUUAAAUGCAUUAUAACAUUCAAACCAUGAAUAAGAAUAAAAUAAUAAGAAAUUAUAAUUAUAAAUUAAUCAAGAUGCACAGAAUUAUAGUUAAUUAAAUCAGAAACAUCAUGAAUUAUAAGAGAGAAUAAAUAUGUUGAAUAAUGAAAUUUCAGAAUUAAAAAAAAAUAAUAAAGAAUUAGUUGAAAAUCAAGUUUAAAUCACAAAUAAAAACGAAGCAGAUUAAGCUUAAAAUAAACUAAUAGCAUCUUUACAAGAAUAAAUAAAUCAUUUAGAAUAAAAAAUAUAACAAUUAGAAAGCGAUUUGAAAGUAAAAGAAGAUUAAAUAUCACAUUCUAUAUAAGAAUCUUAAGCAUAAGAACAAAAGUUAUUGUAAUAAAAUAAUUAACUUACUUAAAAUCAUGAUGAAUUAAUGGCAUUAUAGAAAACAGAUUAUGAUAAAAUUAAAGAACAAAAUAAUUAAUUAUUAUUAUAAACUAAUUCUUAAUAAUUAGAGAUAUAAUAAUUAAAAUAAGAAUUAUAAUAGGAAAUUGAUAGUAAAUCAUAAUUGAAUAAUUAAAAAAUAGAACUAGAUAAUAAGUUAGUAAGUUUGAAUGAAAAAUUAACAUAAAAGGAAUAAUAAAAUUAAUAAUUAGAUAUAUAAUUAAAAGAUUCAGAAGCUUAAUUAUUAAAAGAAUAAAAAAGAUUGAAUAUUUAGAUAGAAAAUUUAAAUUCAUAAAUUUCAGCUUUGAGAAAGUAAGUUGAUUAAUUAAAGGAAGUUUUAAUUUAAAAGGAUAUAGAUAUAGCUGGUUAUAGUAAGAGAGAAAAUGAAGCAAUGAAAUUAUUUGCAUAUAAGGAUGGUGAAAUUUUAACAUUGUAAAAUGAAAUUGAAGCUUUAAAAGAUUAAGAGAAUAGUAUGUAAAGUAAAAAAGAUAAUGAAGGGAUUAAACAUUUAUCUUCUAAAGAUACAGAAAUAUAAGGUUUCAAAAAUGAACUUGAAACUAUUAGAAAUCAAAAUCAUAUAAGAGAAAAUGAGAUACUUAAAUAAAAUGAAGAAAUAACAUAAUAAAAGAGUGAAAUUAUUUAAUUAAAGAAUGAAAUUGAAAAUAAAUAGAUUCAGAUUAAUAAAUUAUAAGCAGAUUUAAAUCAAACUUAAUUAAUUUUAAAUGAAAUAAAGACAUUAUUUAAUUAAGAUAAUAUAUUAGAUUAUUUAAGAUAAUUUAAAUCAUAACAUGAAAAAUAAUGUGAAAGAAAAUUUAUAUAUUACUAAUGUUUAUAGUCAUUAAUGGAUGAAUAUCUAAGAAAUUAAUAAGCAGUAUUUUAUGCAUAGAAUUAUGUAAAAAAUAAUAAUUAUUUAUAGCUUAAAUUAUCAUAAUAAGAAUAGAAUAGUUUAUUGGCAUAUUAAAAGGAUAUUUAAUUAAUGAAGGCAAAAUUACCUAUAAAAACAGCUUUGAGUAAUAUUAAAGAAGUGAAAAAUGAAGAUUUAAGUUUUUCAUCAAAUGAACAUUAGUUAGAAAUAAAUGAAAAUGAUAUUAGUGGAUUUAUUGGUGAUAUUGAUAUAUCUGCAAUUGUUAAUAAUGAUAAAACAAAAAAAGAAGUAUGUUUAUAUUAUAUUUUAGAAUUCAACUUCUAAUAAGUAAUAACUUUCACAUACUGAAGAAGUUAAUAUUUUAAAAUCUAAAUUAGAAGCAGCUAAUGAAGAAAAUGUGAAAAUUAUUGCUAAAUUUUAAACUUUAUUAGAAAGAAUAGCUGCUAAAGAGGAAUAAAUGCUAUAAUUGAAUAAUUUAGCUAGAGAUGUAAUUUAAAAAUGAUUAUUUUAGUAUAAACAUAAAAUGAUGGCUAUGUAAAAGACUUCUGUUGAUCCUUAAGCUGUUCAUGCUAAAGCUCAUUUAAGAGAUUGUUUAAAAAAGUUUCUUACAGCUUGUGGACCCAAAAACUUAAAUUAUGAUUUAGCUGAAGCAAUACUAAAUACAUUGUUUUAAUUUUUGGAAUUCUCAGAAAAAGAAAAGGAAGAAAUUCUAGAUGAAUUAGCAAUAAAACCUGCUGAUAAAAAAAAGGGGAUUGUUUAGAUAUUGUUUAAGAAAUGA